AUGUCCCAUCAAUACCGCAAACACUUCACCCCCCUCGAAUCCAACCCCUCCCUCUUCACCUCCCUAGCCCACACCCUCGGCCUCUCACCCGCCCUAGAGUUUCACGAUGUCCUCUCCCUCCACGACGCCGACCUCCUCUCUCUAACCCCACGUCCAGCCCACGCCCUCAUCAUAGUCUUCCCCACCUCCCCCAACUACGAAGCCGAACUCACCACCAAGGACAAGGAUAUCACCCAGUACACAAGCAGCGGUGACAACGAGCCAAUAAUCUGGUACAAACAAACCAUCAACAACGCCUGCGGCCUCUACGCCAUCCUCCACGCCGUCAGCAAUGGCCACGCUCGAGACUUCAUCAGUAAAAACCCCUUAUCCCAUCCCAUCCCAUGCUUACGACAUGGCAGUUAA